CUCAUCGGUCUCGUAUGAGACCUUAGGUUAUUCACUUUUCAUUCUCAGUAUAGUCGACAGCACACGUACAGAAAUAAAAAUAAAAAAUAUUUUUUGGAGAUGGAGUUUGCUGGAAAAUUUCUAAAGCCCGUUUGGCGGCCAAUGAUGCAAGUGGCUCGUCUCUAUUGUGAGAAGCCGAUGCGAAGUCUAGUCGCGUUCCCUGUUGCCAAGGUGGAAAGUGGAAAGUCCAAGUACAUGAUGGCCCACGUUUACAUCCAUGGCGAAAUGGGCAGCGCCAAGCAGGUGAUUCGUAGCCAUUCCAAGGCCAAGUACCAUCUUGAUGUGUACGAUGAGUUGAAGAAGGAGGCUGAGGCGAUGGGCUUGUGCACCCAGGGUCUUGGAGGUGGUUACUUGGUCCACGACAAGGAAAAGAAGUACAUCAAGCUCUAUGGAAAAUCCCAGGCCCUGGGAAAGGCCGAUCACGAAGCUGCCCGUGAGCUACUGAAACCCAUCUAUAACGAUCACAAGAUCGAUGCUGAAUCUGGUGGUAUGGAACCCUAGAAAAAUGUGUACUUUCGGUCCGGUCCGGUUACUAUUUUCGUUUUGACAAUCACUAUUGGUUCAAAUUAUUUUUGAAAAAUUUUGGUCUUGUGACUGCGUGCAUACAUUACUUAAAUUUUAAUUAAAUUGGACUAUACGUAACAA